CCAUGAUGCUUUAGUAUCGCGAAAGGCGUAUAGUAAACAUGGCUAUAUCCUUGUGGCAUUCCUUGAAAGGCCGUCCAAUUUUCCAAUAUUCCUGAUGGUUUUACUACACAACACUCACCCUAACAUCAGGGAAUCGAUACUUGAUUAACCAUGAGUUCAAAGUUGCUUGAAAAGCUAUCGCCGCCUAAUGAAAUUGGGGAUUUCGAUCAAGAGUUGGAAGAUGAAGGGAUUUCACUUCCUGCGAAGAUGUCGUUUAAUGGCCGCUUAGUAAUUAAUGAAUCAAACCUUCCACACUUAAACCAAGAUGAUGAUUUUUCCAAUGAGGAAGAUGAGAUGAGUGCCACUGAAAAUGGGUUUCACGCUGACAGCAUCAUUCGGGGGAUGAGCACCCGAUCAUUGAGAGAUCUCAAGAAAACAUUAAGAUUUGAGAUUAUCUCAACAAGGAUUUGUGAAGUUUCGAAACAAAAACAUGUGUCGUAUGCAGUUGCUGUCAUGAGAACUGAUAGAGUGGAUGUUGACAAAGCUGUUGUGGACAGACGUUAUUCGGAUUUUGUGAAACUCUACAAAGGACUUCGUAAAUUAUUCCCAAGAUUGAUGUCCAAAGUCCAACUACCAAGUAAAGUUAUUGGCUCCAAAAACUUUAACAUUGAAGUGCUUCAGUUGAGAAGUCAUGCCUUUGAGACAUUUCUACAGUAUAUUUAUAGCCAAGAUGAGAUCUGUACAUCCGAACCAUUCAAAGAGUUCUUCUACAUGCCCGAUCUGAAGCAGGCAUGUUCUGACAUUCGUGGUGGGAAAUUCACUGACGCCUUAUCAUUGUUACUCAAUGCACUUCAUCUGCAGCAGAAGCUUAAUGAUGGUUUCCAAGAAACUGUAGCUACACUUGGAAGUGUAGUUGUUGUAUUGAAUGCUCUUGAAAACUUCAAAGAAGCAGAAAAGUAUGCUACUGAGGCUCUUGAACUGAUAGGCCAUGAUAUGGGAAGUGCAUACUUGAUACCACUUCUAAGCACAUGUUCUGAACUUCGAUGGAAGUUGGGCAUGGAUAAGAAGAAGCUUGAGAAAAGACUCAUUGAGGUACAGAGAAAUUGUGGUAUUGAGAUGGAACAUGCAUUUACUUUAAGAGAACUUGCUGUUACAAGAUAUACUGAGAUAGAUCAAUAGGACAUUUUAAAAAGUCUUUAAAAGUAAUGAACUGUAUACUAUAUCUAUUUCAGUUAACAAUGGACACUUGUUCACUGUUUCAGCGUAAUUUGAAAUGGACACAUUUGUCUGCUACGUCAUACCAUGUUUCAAAUUUCUUCUGCGUACCACUUUAGAUAGGAUAUUGUAUCAGGGCCUAAAAUUACACUACGACACUAAAUCUUAUCAGAUAAUAAGCCACAAUUCCAUUGAACCUUUUUACUACCUUCCGUUUUAAUUUCGCAACAAUAGUUUAAUAUUUUAGUUUCAAUUUAUGCAAACUUCUAAAAUUCGCCUGCAACCAACUAUGACUGUUUUACCCAAUGGUUAACUACAUGCAAAUUUGAAAACUUUCAGCAGGUAUGGUAUGCUUUGGCAAAACUUUAAGCCUUUUUUAUUAUGUUUUGUAUUACAAGAAACUGAUUUUUAUCACAAUUCAAGCUAAAAGUUUUCUAGGCAGUUACCCAUGCCAAUGAAUGGCAUAAUAAAAAUGUACAAGGGGCAGUGUUAUCCCUUUUAUACCAGAAUCUUGGGUUUGAUGCCUACAAUUACUGAACAUCAAAAAUGACAUCAGCCCAGAUUGCUUUUAUAAGUUUUUUUUCCAAGAAGAAAAAGACAAUUUUAAGAAAAUUUAGACCAAAACAAUGUACUAUAUUUGUAUAUUUACAAGAGGUAAAUUUGUAUCAAAAUGAAAUAAGUGAGGAGUUACUCCAGUGAGAGAAGUAUUUCAGUAACCAGGGUUUGUCUUUAUAGUCUAGUACCUAAAAUUUUCAAAAUAGCUGUUCCCACCUUUUGGGCAACAGGUAGACUGGUGCCAAGUAGGGAAGUUCAGAUAUGUACAUAUACCUAUUUCAAAAAACGUUGUCAGUGCAAAACGGCAAAUGGCAGUUCUAGGACCGUAAGGAACCAUGGGUCUCAUUAAAUUUCUACUAAAUGCUGAAGAAUAUGAAUAAAUCAAACAACUAUCCAUUAAAGAUCAUCAAUGUAUGUCUCUGACAUUGCUAGACUUUAUUUAACAUCUUUAAUUUUACGAAUGAUUAGUACCCAGAAGCACCGUUCGGGCUUAGAACUGCCAUUCACCAUUUGCACUGACAACCUUUUUUGAAAUAGGUGUAUGACAUGCUCUAAAUUUGUGUCGGUUCUCUCCUGAACACAAGACAUUUUCCAAGAAAUUGUAAUUAAAAUGACAAGGUGUGAACACACACUGCUCAUGUGUUAUUAAGCUAUCAGAGAGUUAUUGUAAAGUUUGAAGUCUAUUUUUAAUAAAUUGUUUGAUAAA